UCAUUUAUCUUGUCCUCGAUGAGCCUAGCAGGACUGUAACACAGGAUUACCCCGCUAAAAAGCAGUGGUGCUCAACUACCCCACACUCAGCCCACAGCACUUCCCUGCCCAAGCCAAACAGCUUUUUCCACUUCGUCAUCUUUCCAAAUCGACUGAUCUUGACCAAUACCACCACCAGCACCACCACCACGACUGCGAAUCGCAACAUUGUGAGAAACUACAAUACCAAAACGACGAGCACAUAUUGGCACACUCGAGUCAACUACGCGAGGAUACACACCCAUUAUUGGCGGUCUCCGAUCCAACGCGCAAUCUACCUCGUCGUCGACCUACCUCGCGACCUUCCCAUACCUUACUCAACACUAUACACAUUGCCGAUUAACUACUUUUCACCGUCCAAGAUGCGCUUCACUAACCCCAAACACUCCCUCUCGACGCUCGACCCCUCAGGCGAAUCGCCCGUCUCCCUCCUCCCCACGACGCCCGAAGACAUGUGGCACGCGCACAACCUGAUCGCGCCCUCGGACCUCUUGCGCGCGCACGCCAUCCGCAAAGUCGUCACCACGGGCUCGACGGGCUCUACGACGUCGGACCGCGUACACACCGACCUCACGAUCCGCGUACAAUCCGUCUUCUUCGACCCGGCCGCCUCGUCUCUCCACGUCUCGGGCACCGUCUGCCAAGAGAACCAAUACGUCAGCUUAGGCCAGCACCACACUUUGGAUCUGGAACUCAACCGGCCCUUUCAGCUAUGGAAGCGCAGCGGGUGGGACUCGGUUUCCCUAAAAAUGCUGGAGGAGGCGGUGGCGGAAGACACGGGCGAGGCCAUGUGCGCGGUGGUGAUGCAGGAAGGGCUGGCCAACAUCUGUCUGAUCACCGAGUUCCAGACGGUCGUCAAGCAGCGGGUGGAAGCCAACAUCCCCAAGAAGCGGGCGGGCGGGUCGGCGAGCCAGGGCGGCAUGACGAGCUUUUACGAAAAGACGCUGGCGACGCUGCUUCGCACCGUGGACUUUUCCCAGCCGCGGCCGUUGUUGUUGGCGAGUCCCGGGUUUGUGGCGCAGGAUUUUAGGGGGUACAUGCAGAGCGAAGGACAGAAGAGGACAGACAAAAAAUUGCAGAGGAUGGCGAAGGAUGCGGUGGUUGUGCACAGCAGUACGGGGUAUGUGCAUAGCUUGAAUGAGGUGCUGAAGAGCCCGGAGGUGCAGGCGACCAUGAGAGACAAGCGAUUUACGGGCGAGACGGCAUUGAUGGAUCAGUUGUACGAUCGGUUGAGGAAGGAUGAUGGGAGGGCGUGGUAUGGUGCGAAACCGGUGGAGAGGGCGGUGAAGGAGGGUGCG